AUAAAGUAAAGCUCUUCAUGACUUUAUUUUGGCUCCACAUUUCCCAUCUUUCUUGCUUUAUAUCCUUCUACUCUUCUCUUGGCAAACCCUACUCCGAUCCAGUUGAUUUGCGUUUCCACUAACAUCCCAAAACUCUACCCCAUCUAUCCAACUUUACAGAAAAGCUAAGAUAAGUAAAUUAAAGAUCUGAUCUUCAAGCUAAGAACAAUGGUUUUUGGCUCCAUUCCAGCUUAUCUUGAUCCAGCCAACUGGCAACAAGUACAGCCAAAUCAUAAUACUGGAGUUUGCGCCCCACCAAGCAGUCAGCUGUGCUCUUCAGCACCGCUACCGCCGCCGCAUGUGGGGUCAAUCCGGCCAGGUUCCAUGGCGGAGCGAGCCCGCCAAGCCAACAUACCGGCGCCGGACGCCGCCCUAAACUGCCCUAGAUGCGAAUCAACAAACACAAAGUUUUGCUAUUUCAACAACUACAGCCUCACCCAGCCGCGCCACUUUUGCAAGUCGUGCAGACGCUACUGGACACGGGGCGGCGCUCUGAGGAACGUCCCCGUCGGCGGCGGCUUCCGGCGGAACAACAAAAGAUCAAACACCACCAAACCAACUAGCAGUAAUAAUAAUACUACCACAACUUCGAGUUCUAGUCCUGCCUCAACUAGCUUACUAGGCUUCUUGCCUCAAAUCCCCCCGCCGCCUCCCAACUUCAAUCUUCUCGGCGGCCAACUUUCAGAUACCCAUUUUCACGGCGGCGAAGGGGGCGGUUCUAUACUUUCGGGUAGCGCCGCCAUUGAUCAGUGGCGGCUUCAGCAAGCUUCGCAGCGGCAACUGUCUUUCUUGGGCGGUCUGAAUCCUUCGUCGUAUGGAUUAUACCCAUUUCAAGAUGGUGCCGGCGAGGCGUCACCGCCGUCCUGUUUCAUUGGCGGCGAGGCCGAAAGUCAAAUGAAUAGGCCAAGAAGUUCGGGUACGAUGUUGGGACAAAUGCAAGAAGAAUCGAGAUUGUUGUCGCCUUGGUCGCAGAUUUUUAUGAUUCCGGCAAGUGAACAGUGGAAUUGUGUUGGUGGUAGUUGGAGCAAUGUUUCUACUAACCUUAACUCUUCUGCGAACCUGUGAUGUUUCUUAGCUAGUUUGCAUGCAUUUUCUUUGGGACAA